GAGAGCAUAGCAAGAAGGAUUUCAUUCAUGUUUGUGAAGUGGUGCAACGCUGCAAUAUUAUUAAUAUUAGUAUAAAUAUUAGUAAUACUAUCACUCACAUAUAAUUCUGACGGAAAGAGCCCGUCGAAUACACACAGAAUAUAGCGGCAGUGUUGCCUGACUAUAACCCGUUUAAGUUAUUUCUAUCUGUUAUAUAAUAAUAAUUAAUAUGUCUGCUAGUUUAGAAAACGCUGCUACAGAAGUGCAGCCGACAAACCCUUGGCUUCGUAAACAACAUCCAUGGAGUUCGCCGAUUUCAGACCAACCUGAAGCGGCGUACGCGAAUUCCUUUCCAACUCUGUCGGAUGUUAUGUCAGAACAACUGGCCCAAGAAUUACAGGAAGAGAAAAGCUACACACCGACGAGCCAACCUGGAAUCGCCUCACAAGUGGGUGCUUCACAGGAGCAGUGCGCAUUGAGUGAGGAGCAAAACGUCGAGGAACAACGAGAGACAGACAGCGACAUGCUGCUCGCACAAAUGCUGCAGUUGGAGUAUGACAAGGAGCACGACGUCGAGUUACAGAAGAAAGAAGCCUCGUAUAAUCGAGGACGUAAGAUCACGCUGUCGUUCGCAAACUACCGGCUGACUCACCCGGACCUGUUUGACGACAGCAGUUCUGAGUCGGAGGAUUUCGAUGAAGACGCCCCCGAGGCUGUCAUCAACGAAGACUGUCGCACGAUCGGGAAGGGCGGGAUAAGCGGCAAGGGCAAGAACAUCAUAACGAAGCACGACCCGGCCAUCUCGGCUCGGAAGAAUGCGUCGAAGAUGAUGGAGUUUGGACCGCACUUUGACACGGGGGAUGACAUCGACGUCGAAAUGAAGUUUCCUAACCACGUUUAUAACCAGCUGAAGGUCCACAGUAUGUCGGAGCAGAAGAGACAGGCACGAAUCCAUGACAAGAAGGAGAAGUCGACGGCUGAACAAGCGCUGGAUCCGAAGACUCGCCUACAGAUCUACAAACUCAUCAACAAUGAGAUCCUGGAGUCGGUCAGCGGGCAGGUCAGCACUGGCAAAGAAGCGGUCAUUCUGCAUGCCUACGGUGGCAAGUUGCCAGACAAACUUGUGCCAGCUGAGUGCGCGAUCAAGGUUUACAAGACUACUCUAAAUGAGUUCAAGACGAGAGAUAAAUACAUUAAAGAUGAUUAUCGCUUUAAGGACAGAUUUAAAAAACUGAAUCCAAGAAAGGUGAUUCGAAUGUGGGCUGAGAAGGAGAUGCACAACCUAAUGAGAAUGAGAAAGGUUGGGAUUUCCUGUCCAGAAGUUGUUUUCUUGAAGAAACACAUUCUCGUAAUGUCGUUUAUCGGAACCGAUCAAAAGCCAGCUCCGAAAUUGAAAGAAGCCAAGCUGUCACACGACCAGCUCGAACAAGCAUAUGUAGAGUGUGUACAGAUGAUGAAGAAGUUAUACGACGAGGCCGGCCUCGUGCACUCAGACCUCAGUGAGUACAACAUCCUAUGGCACCAGGGUCAACUCUGGUUCAUCGACGUUAGCCAGUCCGUCGAGCCGCAGCAUCCAAACGCGCUGGAGUUCUUGCUGAGAGACUGCACGAAUGUCAGCGAGUUCUUUACGAAGAGGGGCGCUGCGGACGUACUGGCGCCACAGCGGCUGUUUAACGAGAUCAGCGGACUCGACCUCGCUGAGGGAGAGACGGGCGACUUUCUCCUGCAGCUGCAGCAGUUCCAGAAGCAGCGUUACCUUCAUGAGAGAGCGCACGAGGCAUCCGAGGACUAUCCAUUUGAUUUCUUCUUCGAGAAGUCUUGCGCCGAGCUCAGCCAAGGAGUCACUAAGAAGGGCGAGGGAAGCGCGACCAAGCCUGACGGGAAGAUAGAUGUGGACGAGAUUUAGCGAUGGCGGACAUGUUCGUUUGAUUUAUACUCAACAUUGUUUUAACCGUAAUUGUGAGCAAGAAUUAUUGGCUAAUGACCCAGGGCUAAAAGAAUGUGUACGAAGAGAAGCAGCAUAGGGUCGAAGAGUGAGGCAGUGCUAUGUAGGGUGUUGGUGGUGCUAGGAUCAAGUUGGUUGCAGCGCAUGGCAUUUAGUCUAAUGGCACGUUAUGUCGCUCUGGGGGAUCUCUCAGUCUCGUCUUGUUUACGUUAACCUGGCAAAUUUUUGCACUGUCUAUAUCACAGUAUAAAGAAAAUUGUUAGUUUAAUUUUGUAAAAAGUAUUUAAUGAAUGCUUGUGAUGAGGGAGCAUGUAGUACCAACUUAAUUUAGCACAUCAAAGGUUUACUGCAAAUCGAGAAUUAAGGGUCACCCUUUCAAAGUUUGCACUGGUUUGGUAGCCACAUUGAUAGGUGUGUGGAGAUAUAUUAGUUAUAUAAGUUUUAAAUAUAUAUUAUCAAGAGCAUAUAAAGAAGGAGAGCGUACAAUGGUGAAAU